AUGGUGGAAGCUCGGAAGCGGCAUUGCUGGGAAUGCCUCCGGCGUCGCUUGGUUUGCGGUUUCGAAGUCCCCGGAUGUGAGCGAUGUGCAGCAUCCGGGGUUGACUGCCCUGGAUAUGGUGAGACUCCUCCCAUGCGAGUGAAAUGGCUCGUCCCGGGCACGGUCAAGUUGCGACAACGCAAAGAUGUCUCCAAUCGUCAGAAGAACAGCAGAGCUGGUUCAGAAAGUACCGGAUCAGAGAAAUCUCCCUCAGAGUCAUCCGGGGCGAACUCGUGUUUAGCAGAUGAUACACGAAAAGUGGCCCUUCCCCACCCCCAUCUCAAAACGGACUAUCAUGCCUUGAUAGAUUCUGUAGAAUACUUCAACUCCUGCAUAUAUCCCCAAUUGGAAAAUGUUCUACGUCUUGGCACCAAUGCAAAUAUAUACAAGCUUCCACUAGCGAUGAUCCAAAUGGGUCUCACCCGGCCCGGCCAUCUUCAAUUGGGAUUGGUUUGCCUCACUCUAAGCCACCGCAUGAACCAGAUGGGUCAUGAUUAUGAUCCAAAGGCUCUAAGAACUACCUUUUUUCGUUAUCGGGGUCUAAUGAUUCGAUCUCUGAAUGACGAUAUAAAUGUUCCAAACAAAAGAAACGGCGGCAUUGUUCUUGCCGGAAUCUUAACAUUAUUGCUGGCUGAUGCCCAGGAAGGGAUCUCACACCAUUGGCGGUAUCAUAUUGAAGGAGUCCGCAGACUGAUUAUCUCGCGCGGUGGAAUGAACCGCGUGGUCACAACCCCUGGAGCUCUACCAAUUGUUCUCUCCUUUGUUCACCUUGUCGUACUUUCUGAUACCUCAUCACCCGGGUCAGAUAUGCUCGUGGAGCGUUUAGAUCUUGAGGAAGUAUACCUUAUGGUAAAAUGCUACGGAGGAAAUGGAUAUGGGUUCCAAAUGUGUCCCUCGCCGCUGUUUGCUGAGAUCGUCAAAAUCAAUCACAUUCGGAAUCAAAUGUCAAAGUUAAAUGGAACGGAUGAAAACGAUCUUCAUAGCGAUGCCCGCGAAGUCCUGCACCGCAUCUAUGGUUUUUCCCCUGCGGCAUGGAUAGAGUCCAAUGAGUCCCUCACUGAUGCAAGCAAACUGAUAAUGGACGCUUAUCAGAGCGCGGUUGCCUUAUAUUGCAUGUCUUCUCUCCAAAGUGCCGGGGCUCUACCACCAAAUCCGUUCCUGAAGAAGAAUUGUGAUAUGGAGAGAAGAAUCUUACAUGGGCUGAUCGAACAAUCGCUUGCCGGAAGGUGCCAUGGAUAUAUGUUAUGGCCUCUUCUGGUGCUUGGCGUGCAAGCAGUCAAUGGAGGCCCCUCUUUGCGUGCGUUUGUUCGAGAGAAAAUGGUAUCCAUGAGCGCUGCUUGUGGCACAUAUGCCCCGCUCGCCGCAAAAAGAAUCCUUGAAAAUUUUUGGGACUCAGGUAAAGAUAAAUGGGAUGAUUGCUUUGAUAAACCUUACAUGUUCACAACGGUGCUUUCGGUAAAUCGAGGUCAGUUGCCAAGACGAACGUCUUGA